AUAUAGAAGGGAAAAAUGGAAACGUGACUUGUAUGUAGGGAAUGGGAUUCCCAAGGUAGUUGUGUCUAAAAUAGUAGCAAUAGUAAAUGGAGUAGACAGAUAAAUAUGAACACUGCCAGUGCCAGUGCCACCCAACCAUAUAUCACUAUUCAGUAUUAUUCACUCUCUCUCAGUCUCAGUUGAAUUUGAAUCUCUUAUUAUAUUCUUCCCUCGCUGUUAACUCCAUAAGGUUAUAUUCGGAAUUUCAUUUCUUUUCAUGGAUCCAGCGCCAAUAAUCAACGCUGCUCCCAAUACGCCGUCGUAUCACCUACCGGAGAUCUGGAACUUCCCGCCGUCCAAAAAACCGCACUUCAGCCACGACUUCGGUGAUUUUGCAAUGGAAGAUCCCGGUACAGAGCAGAAACCGUUGAACUAUGGCCGGAAAAGGCGCGACACGGUAGAGGAUUUGGUUAAAGGCGUUUCCACCAGCAAUGGUGGUGGCAAUAGCAACACCGUGAAUGAUGGUGGUGGUGGUGAUGGAAAAAGGAGUAAGACAAGGAAUGAGAGCAAUAAAGGUGAAGGAGAAGAAAACAGUUCAGGAAAGCAUGCGGAAGAAACUAGUGAUCAGCCAAAUCCGAAGCAAGACUACAUCCAUGUCCGAGCUAGAAGAGGUCAAGCUACUGAUAGCCACAGUCUUGCUGAAAGAGCUAGAAGGGAAAAGAUUAGUGAAAGGAUGAAAACUCUUCAGGAUUUAGUCCCUGGUUGCAACAAGGUUAUUGGUAAAGCAUUGGUCCUUGAUGAGAUAAUCAAUUAUAUCCAAUCACUUCAUCACCAAGUAGAGUUUUUGUCAAUGAAGCUGGAAGCAGUAAAUUCAAGAUUGACACCUGGUAUUGAAAUGUAUCCUCCUAAAGAUUUUGAUCAGCAAAGAUAUGAUACAACCGCCAUACCAUUUGCUUCACAAGCUACAAGAGAGUACAGCCGGGGUUCAUCACCAGAGUGGUUACAUAUGCAGUUGGGAGGUGGUUUUGAAAGAGCAACGUAGUCGAUGAAAUUUCAUCACCUGAUAGUAAAUGCAAAUAGGAACAUUAGUCUCUACUUCGGAGCUCCCAUAAAUCAUAUACUCAAGGUGUUGAAGUCCAAAUGCACAAUUGAUUCCCGUUUUCUACAUCACAGGGUUGCUUCGGUCAGUAUUUAAGCAACUCCAUUUGUUCGUGUGUUGGAAAUGAAUUCAUUUACAUAUGAUGUAGCUUAGUAGACUAUAUACUCUUCAUAAGUUUUAAAACUAUUGUUGUUGUAAAAGAAUGGUGCUUGUUUUGAAUACAUAUUGGUUAUAGAUUGUAUAACGGUCUCAAACAUUGUUUAUUUUUCCAGACUCAACAGUGUUUCUUGUUUGUGAAGCAAUGUUGAAUAAAUUGAAACCCAUGUGAUUUUUGGCCGUUUAGUUUACGAAUAAUAUCAACGAUUUAUUGA